AUGGAGGUAGGUUUUUGAAGUUUUUACUGUGUCUAUUGCUUUAGGAUGGGUUUGUGAUUAAUUUUAAAAGGUGUACAAGAUGCUAAUUAAUCUAAAAACAGCACGGUUUGUAAGAUAUAGCCUUAUAUUAUACGUGUAUUGUUUAAAAACAUCAACUUUUCCUAUUUUAGACCGAUCAUGAGCGACCGUUGCUGUUCACACUGAAAGGAAAGUUAUAUGAUGUCCGGAAGUUUGCUGAAAAGCAUCCUGGAGGAAGGAAGAUUCUUGACAAAUGUGCUGGAGGUGAUUUGGCAGAAUAUAUGAGCGGUGAGACCAGAAUAAUGGGCCUGAAACAUGAACAUUCAUCAGCUGCCUACGAUAUCUUGGACCGUUACGCUGUAGAUCACAGUAUUGAGGUACGUUGGCUUUUACUUUUAUUUUUAAGCAUUUAGGGAGUAUUAUCGAGGUAUUGUAACACUUUUGGAUCACCAAAGCAUUUGAUAUUUAUCAGAAAAUCAAAGAAACAGCCGUCUAUACCUGUAUAUGUCUAUGUCAAUAUAAUUUUCAUUGUUCUGAAGAAACUAAGCGGUAUUUUAAACUAAUCAUCCCUACAUAAUUUGCAGAAGGACAAACUAAUAGACGAGAAAACAGCAGUUUUGUUUAAAGUUGGCCAUCUGGGACAUAAAUAUUGGACUUGGAUUCAUCAGCCUUAUGAAGGGUCCCUGCGGCUAUUUGAUUCGGCAUUUUUGGAGAUGUUAACAAGGACUGCCUGGUGGGUAGUGCCCAUGGUUUGGAUGCCAGUUGUCUUAGGGUUCGGCGCUUAUGGUCUCAUGUUGUUUGUUGUUCAAUAUGGUAGGUUCUACAAGGUUUUAGUUUAAAUUUCAAGUGGUUUUUGAGCUGAUUUGAGGGUUUUGUAGGUUUGUAAAGAAAAUGCUUGCGAUUAUUAUGAGAUUACUUUAAAAUAAGAUGGACAUGGUGUUUAAAAUGAAUUUUUAAAAGAUCUGUUUCAACUUCUGCCUAUAUUAAAUUACAUUGUUAUAGGUCUACUAAAAGGCACUAUGCUGGCCGGAUUACUCUUCAUCCUGGGUACCCUUGCCUGGACACUCCUCGAAUACAUUCUCCAUAGAUUCGUCUUCCAUUGGCAACCAGAUCCAGAGAGCUACAAUCAAAUCCUUCUCCAUUUCCUAGUUCACGGACUUCAUCAUAAAACCCCGAUGGACGGAGAGCGACUCGUAUUCCCACCAGUACCAGCUUUAAUGAUCGUCGCUGUGUUCUACGUAUUCUACGUGAACUUACUGCCAUUUAACGUAUUUUGCUGCUUCGCCGGAGGCAAACUUUUUGGGUAUAUUGUGUACGACAUGUGCCAUUACUACUUACAUCAUGGAGCACCAAAACCGAGGAGUGAUUUUCAUUUUAGAAAGGUAUACCACCAUAACCAUCAUUUUAAGGACUAUGAUACUGGAUUUGGUAUAUCAACCGUACUGUGGGACGUUAUCUUUGAUACGUUUGGCUCUGGGCCACUGUGA